AUGUCACGUGUUGGAGUUCUCGUGUUAGGUCCUGCUGGAGCAGGGAAAUCGACUUUUUGCAAUUCCAUUAUUGCACACAUGCAGUCGAUUGGAAGACGAGCUCACAUUGUCAACUUGGAUCCUGCUGCUGAACCUACCGAAUUUGAGUUCACCAUAGAUAUUCGUGACUUAAUCUCUCUUCAGGAUGUUAUGGAAGAGAUGGAUUUGGGUCCUAACGGAGCGUUGGUGUACUGCUUUGAGUAUCUUUUGAAUAAUUUGGAUUGGCUUGAUGAGGAAAUCGGAGAUUUCAACGAUGAGUAUUUGAUCUUCGAUUGCCCUGGUCAAAUCGAGUUGUAUACGCAUGUUCCUGUUUUGCCCACAAUUGUUCGUCAUUUACAGACUUCGUUGAACUUCAAUCUAUGUGCCACAUAUUUGUUAGAGGCUCCAUUUGUCGUUGACAGAUCAAAAUUCUUCAGUGGCGCUUUAAGUGCCAUGUCUGCCAUGAUUUUACUUGAGUUGCCGCACAUUAACAUUCUCUCCAAGACUGACUUAAUCAAGAGUGAAGUUUCUAAAAAGCAGUUGAAGCGGUUCUUGAAUCCUGACCCGUUGGUAUUGGAAUCGGACCCUGACAAGCUGCUUAAUCCCCGUUUCACAAAGCUUAACAAGGCAAUUGCGCAAUUGGUGGACGAUUUCGGUAUGGUACAGUUCCUACCUCUAGAUUGCCUGAAGGACAGCAACUCUGUGGCUACGAUUUUGAGUUAUAUUGAUGAUGUUACACAAUGGUCAGAGAGUCAGGAGCCUAAAGAGCCUGUGGAUGAGUUAGAGAUAGAGGAGGAGGACUAA